AUGAUUCGUGAAGUUAUAAAUGGAUUGAUGAUUAUUGGAAUGGUAUCUGCCAGUUGUUUCGUUUGUUCAUCUCCAAAUAUUGAAAAUCACUAUGGAUCGUUUUUCGAAAAUCCCCGAGAAAUCCAACAUUCGUAUAUUGGUCGUGUCAUUGACUGUGAAAAGAACGAAUUCAAAACUCAGGAUUGCUCAGGACCUUGUUUCUCUUUGAAUGUUUCCAGUUCAACAAUCGACUCAGAUUUUGGAACUUCAUAUGGAUGUUCUACAGGAAUCAUUCCUGACGACGUGGAUACCGAUGAGAAUUGCUCAACAAAAACCAUCUCGAUCAGGACCUCCCCAGUGUACUCUGUCACGGCAACAUUCUGUUUGUGCUCUGAAAACAACUGUAAUCCGCCGAUUCAUCCGAUGAUAAAAAGCAGAUCGAAACCGUUGAAAAGUGUUGCGGGGAAAACUGUCUAUGCUGCGAAUCAGGAAGAAUUGAGCAACGGAUAUUACACAGUUUUAAAGUUGUCUGUAAUAGUUAUUUUUACUUUAAUUCUAGCGCUGAAAUGA